AUGAAGCUGUUGUGUGCGCUGAUUGCGAGUUUGAUCGCGGUUUGUGGCUGGGCGUUGGUUGUGGCGGAUGAUGAUACCAUUAACCUCGUCUUUGAUGAUACAAACGGAUUGGGUCGUACAUUUGAGGGCAUUGGUGGUAUCAGUGGAGGAGGGGCUACGUCUAAGCUACUGGUCAACUACCCACAACCGCUGCGUGAUCAAAUACUGGACUACCUGUUUUUGCCAAACUUUGGAGCAUCUCUUCAGAUUUUGAAAGUUGAAAUUGGUGGAGAUGUGCAGAGUACUGACGGAACUGAAGCCUCACAUAUGCACAACAGCUGGGAGGAAAACUACGAGAGGGGUUACGAAUGGUGGCUGAUGCUGGAAGCUAAAAAGAGAAAUCCAGAUAUUAAAAUCUACUCCUUGCCAUGGGGAUUUCCCGGCUGGGUCGGACAAGGAUCCUCAAGUCCUUACGGAAACACCACAGUCCUGGCUGAUUAUGUGGUCAGGUGGAUUAACGGGGCCAAAACACACUACAACAUUACUGUAGAUUAUGUUGGAAUCUGGAAUGAAAGACCAUGCAACAAUGAUUAUGUCAAGGUCUUAAGGAAAACUCUUAAUGAAAGAGGAUUUCAGCAUACCUUAAUAGUUGCAUCAGACAACGGAUGGGAGUUUGCUGAUGGCCUUUACGGUGAUCAUGAACUAGCCAAUGCUGUCCAUGCUGUUGGAUGCCAUUACCCAGGUACAUGGUCCAGCAACAGUGCUAAGUAUGUUGGGAAAGCACUGUGGGCCUCAGAAGAUUACAGCACCUUCAAUGAUGAAUUUGGAGCUGGUUGCUGGGCAAGAAUUCUUAACCAGAAUUAUGUUGAUGGGCUUAUGACAGCGACAAUUGCUUGGGACCUGAUCGCCAGUUACUAUCACAACUUGGACUUCUUCAGAGAUGGACUGAUGACCGCCGUCGAACCAUGGAGUGGUCACUAUGUGGUCAAUAGUCCUAUUUGGGUAACAGCACACACAACCCAGUUUGUCUCUGUGGGCUGGAAGUAUCUCAACCACACAGCUGGAGUUGGCUAUUUGAAGAAUGGAGGCUCCUAUGUUGGUCUGGUCAGUCCGACUGGCAAUGACCUGACAAUUGUCAUUGAGACCAUGACUCAUGACCACUCACAAUGUAUCAGGCCCGGCUUACCAUGGUACACCGUUUCACCCCAGAAUGUGUCCUUGAACCUUAAAGGUCACUUUUCCAAGAUUACCAAGCUGAACCUCUGGUACAGUCAGCUGUCAUUCGAUGGUAAACUCAGCAACAUGUUCACAAGCAUGGGCCCUGUUCAGGUGGUCAAUGGCAUGGUAAACCUCACUUUGGGACUGGACCAGAUUUACACACUGACCACACUCUCUGGAGGUCACAAGGGCUCUCAUCCCACUCCGCCAUCUUCUCAUCCAUUCCCUCUUCCUUACUUUGAUGACUUUGAAGGUAACAAUCUGUAUAAUGAACCCAACAACCUAGCCCAGCAAACCGGAUCCUUCGAGGUGCUUAGCAAUGGAAGCAACAAGUUCAUCCGACAGAUGGUGAUGGAAUGGCCACUGAGCUGGUGUGGUGCAGAGUCAGUCGGCAAAGCUGUCACCGUUAUCGGAGAUAGCACAUGGGAUGACUUGUUCAUCGAAAUUGACUUCCAGUUCCCGACCGUGAAUGCCUCAAACGGCAUCUUUGUUGCUGCCAGGAUUAAUCAAGCUGGUUGUGAGAUGGAUCAUUCUCAAGGAGUUUUCUUUUUCAUCACGUCAGACAAUAAGUACUCCCUGACCAGAGAUUCACGUGCAACUGAUGAAGUUACUUCAGGCAACCUGCCUUCUCCUGCCCACACCGGAUGGCACAAGAUAUCCCUUUAUGUUCAGGGAAGCAAAGCUUAUGGAGCCUUUGAUAAACGAGACCUUUUUGCUGUUGACCUGAACGUCCACGGAAGCCCGGUGCCAGGAUUUGCUGGAAUCGGCACCUACAACUAUGGCCUAGCUGACUUUGACAACUUGCACAUUGCCCUAACUCCACAGGGUGCACAUCAGAGAAAGAUCUUCCGCAAGCCAUCAUCCAAUCCACUUUUUUUCAUCAAGGAACACUAA